CAUGUUUAGGGCCAGCGAAGGCCACUGGAACACAGCCACAUGGGGCUUCAGAUUGAGCUGUUCUCAGCUGAGAAACCUUGGCAAGGUGCAGCAAUAGCCAAGUAAAACACAACGAUAAAGUGUAACUCAGACUACAUCGGGUCACUGUCAGUAGCUACGAGGAAACAGACGGCGGUUGUAUUUUACGAACGUUUUAAUGAAAAGUAUGGAUUACAGCAAACAAAUUAAGGCACACCGCUACGGAGUUUCAACAGAUGUACACGAGCCCAGGAUAGGAGUACCCAGAAAUGUAGUGCAUCUAUUUUCACCAGUAGAUGGAGGAGAAGAUCCAGGUCAGUGAUCAUAUCUCCAAAACAAGCUUGGGAGACAAAAGUGUUAAGAAGACAGACAAAUAACAAACAAGAUUUUUGCAGGUAGCAGAGACAUGGGUGUUUCUAAUAGUCUUUUUGCAGCAUAUUACCGUUUGAGCCUGAGGAGGAUUUCCUGCAUGCUCUCCGUCUCUGUCUCAGCUUUGGAGACAACACACUGUGACUUCCCAUCAUCAUCUAGAAACAACAUGUUCAAGAUUUCAAGACUUCAUUAACCAAAAUAUCUCAGGGUUGGGAGCCAUGGAGACGAAUGGGUCAGUGAUGUCUCUGAAGGAUGAAGAGAAGACUCGCCUGAGUUCAGUUUCCAAUGAAACUUCCACACGCUACGGUUCCAUAGCUGACAGCCUUCCUACUGAUGAACCAUCCACAGCGGAGAUAACAGUCCUCUCUCCACGACGCUCCUAUAUAACAGUAGCUGUGCUCUGUUAUGUCAACUUAAUCAAUUACAUGGACCGAUACACAAUCGCAGGGGUCCUUCUCAGUAUCCAGAAGUUCUUUGAUAUAACUGACAGCACGUCUGGACUACUACAGACAGUUUUCAUCUGCAGUUUCAUUAUUUUGGCUCCAAUCUUUGGGUACCUUGGCGACCGCUACAACAGGAAGUUCAUCAUGAUUGGCGGGCUGAGUGUGUGGGUGGUGAUGACCCUGAGCAGCUCUUUUGUCACAGAAUCGUAUUUCUGGCUGCUGGUGCUGUUGAGAGCCCUGGUGGGGACAGGAGAGGCCAGCUACUCCACCAUCGCCCCUACCAUCAUAGGAGACCUGUUCUCUGGAGCCAAGAGGACCGUCAUGAUCUCUGCCUUCUACAUCUUCAUCCCUGUUGGAAGUGGUCUGGGAUACAUAAUAGGAUCCUCUGUUGCCAAUGCCACUGGAGACUGGCGUUGGGCCUUACGGCUCAAUCCCAUCCUGGGUUCCCUGGGUCUGCUCCUGCUGGCUGUGUUGUGCCCAAACCCCCCACGAGGGGCCUCUGACGGCCAUGGAGGAAGUACCAUAGAGCACACCUCUUACCUGGAGGACGUCAAGUAUCUUCUGAAGAAUAAGAGUUUUGUGUGGUCAUCACUGGGAGUUACUGCCAUGGCUUUUCUGACUGGAGCUCUGGCCUUCUGGACACCCAUCUUCCUGAGCCGAGCUCAGGUCGCUCAGGGCAUCCAGCCACCCUGCAACACUGAACCCUGCGACACCUCCGACAGUUACAUCUUUGGGGUCGUGACGGUGGUGACGGGUAUUUUGGGUGUUUCGUUGGGCAGCACCAUCUCCAGGAAACUGAGGGACAGGGUGCCCAACGCAGACCCCCUCAUCUGUGCUGUGGGCAUGCUCAGCUCCGCCCCCUGCUUCUUCGCCGCCAUUGUACUGGCGUCUACAAGCAUCCCUGCCACUUAUGUGUUCAUCGGCAUUGGGGAGACUCUAUUGUCACUGAACUGGGCCGUUCUAGCUGAUAUCCUACUGUAUGUGGUGGUGCCAACCAGGAGAGCUACAGCUGAAGCUCUGCAGAUCAUGGUCUGUCAUCUCCUAGGAGAUGCCGGAAGCCCAUACCUGCUAGGAUCUAUCUCAGACGCUCUGCGUACAUACCAGCCUGACUCGCAUACGUGGAGUUUCCGUAGUCUGGAGUACAGCUUCCUGCUGUGCCCUUUCGUAGGGGUCCUGGGUGGGCUCUUCUUCCUCAUGACAGCCCUCUACAUCACAAAGGACAGGAAGAACGCAGAGCUACUCACUGCAGGGGUGUGUGAUCCAGUAGAUCCUCCUACUCGGUUUAGUGCCAUGGCAGGCUCCACAGAUUGCUGAGGUGAAACUGGGAUCCUUGGAGGACACUCGGGCCAGAGGAAGAUAUGUUAGGUUAGAUGUUGUUUGGUAUGUGACCAAACUGAGAGUUGGGGUGAUUGUCUGUAGUACCCCAGACCACUCUAUAUGAGGAAAUAAUGCAACUGGUAAAACGAA